AUUCUGUAGAGAGCCGACGGUGUCAACGCAGCUGGAACAAGGUUUCAGCCGCAGGAGAUGAGGGUGGAGAGGCCGCGCUGAGGCAGAGUCUUUCUCACUGGGUUGCGGGGUGGAAGUGGCUAGGCGCGGGGUUUGGAGAUGCUGCUUAUGCAGGCUGGAGUUAAAGUCCCUCGUAAUUUUCGCUUGUUGGAAGAACUGGAAGAAGGUCAGAAAGGAGUAGGAGAUGGUACAGUAAGCUGGGGCCUUGAAGAUGACGAAGACAUGACACUUACAAGGUGGACGGGCAUGAUUAUUGGGCCACCAAGGACAAAUUAUGAAAACAGAAUAUACAGCUUGAAAGUAGAGUGUGGGCCUAAAUAUCCAGAAGCACCUCCAACAGUUAGAUUCGUAACUAAAAUUAAUAUGAAUGGAAUAAAUAAUUCCAAUGGAAUGGUGGAUGCACGGAGCAUACCAGUGUUAGCAAAAUGGCAAAAUUCUUAUAGCAUUAAAGUUGUUCUUCAAGAGCUAAGGCGUCUAAUGAUGUCCAAAGAAAAUAUGAAGCUUCCACAACCUCCAGAAGGACAAACUUACAAUAAUUAAUUUUAGCUGAAUCCCAAACUUGUCUUAAACAACUUCUACUUAUGUUUAAUGUCUUGAUUCAAUCUCACAAUGCAAACCACCCACACAUUAAGAGUUUCUGCUGGUGUACAUGAUCUGGACAUUUGAAAGAAUAUAUAUAUGUAUAUGUAUGCCCCAUAUGUUUUCAGGCACAAUCAGAGAAAAAAGGCAGCACAAUUAUUUUUCUCUUUACCAAGGCACUAUCAUUUUAAGCAUAAACCUGAAGUAGCCUAAAAUUGGAGCUCCAGUGUUUCAAGACAAAAGCAUGACAGGAAGUGUCAGUUUGCUGUGGAAUAAUGUUUCAGAAAACUUUCUCAAGAAGAAAAAAUACAAAUGGCAUGCUUUAUCCAUUCUGCUUUAGUAAAAGAGCUGCAGAUAAAAUUGUUUAAGUAGCAGGUACUGCAAAUACCAUUGCUCAACUUCUUUAAUUUUUGCAAAGGUGUGGGUGCUGACUGCUAGUAGUGUCAUAAAAUACGGUCAGGAUUGUUUUGAUACUUGUAUUUAUAAAAUGGGGGAAUGAUUUUCUUUUACGCGGCUCCUGUGUGUUACAUGUAAUGGACAUUGCAAAUAUUUGUUUACAGUCUUUGUUCUAAUAAACCAUGCAUUUAAGUUUUAGUGAAACGAAACAUAAAAGGAAAUAGGUGUAUGGAUAUGUGAUUGAGAAUAAAAUUAGUCUUCAAAUGUAAAUAAAAUGUGGAAAGUA